CUCCUGGAACUGCCAACAUGACUUCCACAACACCCACCUUGAACGACCCCUCCCUAUUGGUCGGGAAGAAUUACAUCAACGGACAGUGGGUCAAGGCGGCCUCAGGCAAACGAUUUGAUGUCACAGAUCCCGCCAGUGGAAACAUCCUCGGAUCCUGUCCCGAGUCAGGCAGCGUCGAUGCCGAGAAAGCAAUUCGAGUUGCAUCUGCUGCAUUACCCUCAUGGCGUUCCCGGACCGGUCGCAACCGCAGCCGGAUUCUACGUCGGUGGUAUGAAUUAAUCCUCGAGAACAAAGAGGACCUGUCUCGGCUCAUCACCUUGGAGAAUGGCAAGGCCAAGGCGGAUGCCACGGGGGAAGUUCUUCUUGCAGCUAGCUUCCUUGAGUGGUUUGCGGAGGAGGCGGCACGGAUCUACGGCGAUGUUAUUCCCCACAGUCAGCCUGGAUUCCGGGUUUCGGUUUUGAAAGAGCCUGUCGGGGUUUGUGGUCUUAUUACACCAUGGAAUUUCCCCGCUGCCAUGGUCAUCCGGAAGCUGGCCCCUGCCCUAGCUGCCGGCUGCACAGUGGUUCUGAAAACAGCUGGUGAAACACCGUUUACUGCCAAUGCCUUGCUACAGCUGGGUGAGAGGGCUGGUGUGCCUGCAGGUGUCAUCAACAGUGUGAAUGCCCUGAACAAUACCCCUGAAAUUGGACGGGUGCUCUGUGCCUCGGAUGUAGUGCGCAAGAUGUCUUUUACGGGGUCCACCCGAGUGGGAAAGCUGCUCAUGCAACAGUCGAGCAAUACGUUGAAGAAGCUUAGUUUGGAGCUUGGAGGAAAUGCCCCAUUUAUUGUGUUUGAAGAUGCAGACCUCGACAUUGCCGUGGACGCUGCCAUUACUAGCAAGUUCAAAUCUUCCGGUCAGACCUGUGUGUGCUCGAACCGGAUUUUUGUUCAGAAGAGCAUCUAUCCUGAGUUCAUUCGACGGCUAAAAGAUGCUGUUGGCAAGUUCCAACUGGGCCAUGGGUCUGAUGCGAAGACGACACAUGGGCCGUUGAUCACGUCUGGUGCAGCAGAGAGAGUCGCCAGUUUGGUAGACGAUGCCGUCCAGCGUGGCGCAAGAGUAGAGAUUGGUGGUCACCGUCGGGGCGAUCUAGGGCCAAACUUCUUCGAACCCACCAUCAUCACCAAUGUCACCCCGGAUAUGCGAGUGGUGAGUGAAGAGAUCUUUGGCCCUGUGGCACCAAUCUUUUCGUUCGACACGGAGGAUGAAGUGAUCGCUAUAUCCAACAAUUGCGAUGUCGGGCUGGCUUCAUACAUCUUUACACGUGAUGUGACGCGUGCCAAUCGAGUAUCGGAACUGUUGCAGUUUGGCAUGGUCGCAAUCAACGCCGGUGUGGUGUCUGACGCCGCCAGUCCCUUCGGAGGUAUCAAGCAUUCGGGCAUUGGUCGGGAAGGCAGUAAAUACGGGAUCGAGGACUAUCUGCAGACGAAGACGGUGGUUACUGGGAAUAUCCAUGUGAUGCAUAAAUCACUUCUAUAG